AUGGAUGGGGGCACGGUCUACUCCUCCGCUAUUUACUCCCAUCAAGGCCGCAAAUGGUUGUUAUCCAAACGACAAUCACUAAACUCUGCUAAGGAUAAUCAAAAGUAUUCAUCUUAUCAAUCUACACAUGUUGGUCACAAUGAUUCUUCUGAUACUGGCAAAAUUGUCACCGCUGCAACGAAAUUAUUCCGCAUUAAAAAGUUACUAUCUGAUGCCAAAUCCACUAAAAAAAUAACCUCCCACCCUUACCUAGAUAUGCUUUCUGAAUAUAUUAAGAGCGGCAAAGAGAUAGUCGUCAAACAACCUCAAAAGACACUAUUCGAAUUAGAUUUGGGUGAAUAUCACACUAUGCUACAGGAUCUCAAUAUUGCCGGAAAGACAUAUCAUUCUAACUCAGUGGAAGAAUUUGAAAAAGUUAUAUACCAGUCUACUGAUAAAAUCGUUUACACCCCUAUGCUGACGGCAAAGCAAGUAGCAACUCUAAUAUCUUUGAGCAGUGCUUUGGCCCAGGGUCAGAGAGAUGAGAAAAAACAAGUUGAAGCUUUGUUUAUGGCUAAAAGUUUGCUGGAUUCCAGUGUAAGAGUUACCAGUCAUGUUACAGCGCCAGUGAUAGCUUGGCAUAUGGCGGAUCACAAAGUUUCCUGCACUAUAUGUGGACUAAAAUUUUCUAACACAAGGUACAAGUCUUUGCACCAUGAAAAGAACCAUCAGAAAGUUAAAAAAAUGACUUCAAAUUGGCUAUCCCUUACUGAUUGGAUUGAAAAAUCUUCGGAAAUUUAUUCUGAUCAAUCUCACAAAUCAACACAGCUUACAAUGAAUAGUUUACGUGAAUUAUGGUCCACUAGCGUUCAUUUUAAAUGGCUGGAUAAAAUAUUCCAAUUUGAUGAAUCAUUGGAUGUGAUUAUGGAAGAUGAUCAAGAUGCAGUAACAGACCAUUCUGGAACUGGACAAAAGUGCAAUCCUUUAGAAUUGCUCAACGCAUGGGCUAUAGGGGACAAUUCGCUCACAGAUCACAUAAUAAAUAACACUACAUUUGAAACAACCAAAACUUUUUUGUGUGAUCCAUGUGUUUGCGAUUUUUCUGAUCAUUUAUGUGUUAUUUGCGGUGACUCCUUCGACAUUUCUUACUCACAUGAACACGGGUCUUUUGUUCUAGACAAUGCGCUACCGCUAUUGCGAAUGACACCAUUGCAUGUCAAGAGAAAUAGUAUACCAAAUCCGAAUUUAUCUUGGAGACUAUGGAAAAAAUUUGGAUUAAAUCUAUAUGGUGAUUACUGGAGUUACACAAAUUGCAUUCCAACUGAUGUAAAAUAUGCUCACACGCAAUGUUUCAACUUCAUGUCCAUAUAUGACAAUCAAAGUGAUGGUAGUAUCGUAGAGUCAAAUCCCAAUAGUUUAAAGGACGAUUGUCUCAUUGGUACAUUUGAGAAGGCAGAGAAUACAGAUUAUAAAAAGCGUAAGAUCAACCUACAAGACGUAAAGCAUUUACAAAUUUAA